AUGUGGGUGGCCCUGGCGGCACAUCUAAUCACACCGGCGCUCUCUGGGUGUGCAUACGGAACGGCGAUAGAACCAAGAGUAGAAGGGUCCGUCCCGGUCAACACAUUUGGGUACAUUGGGCUCGCUGGCCCGAUCAACUGGGUCGGACUAGACCCCGAAGCCAACGCCCUCUGCGGCAUCGGCACCCGGCAAUCACCCAUCGGCCUCCCGAGCCCAGGCGUGUCCGCGCUCCAGGCCACCUCGGUCACGCUCUCCAUCCCGGACCUACCCAACGGGGCGCCGCUCGAGAACCUCGGCACGACGGUGGAGGUGGCGGCCUCGGAGGCCGGGGGCACGCUCGAGGUCGGGGCUGACUCACCGCUGGGGGCGCUCGCGGGGUUCCGGCUGGAGCAGCUCCACUUCCACCUGCCCUCGGAGCACCUGGACAACGGCACGAGCCGGGCCAUGGAGAUGCACAUGGUGUUCGAGGGCGAGGGCGGCCAGGUGGCGGUGGUGGCGGCUUUCGUCGACGCGGACGGGCCGGGCCCGGUGCUGGAGGAUGUGUUUAGCGUGGUGGGUGACGUGGCUGCGCCGGGGAGCGUGGUGACGACGCCGGGCCUGGCUCUGUCGGAGCUGGCGAGGGUGCUCUCUGCGGGGCAGUUCCAAACGUACUCGGGAUCUCUCACCACGCCUCCCUGUACGGAGGGAGUGACCUGGCUCGUCUCGACCGAAACACUCAGCAUCAGCCGCGAAGGCUUUGAGCGUGCGCGGGACGUCAUCGGAUUCAACGCACGGUUCCCGCAGAAUACUCUCGGCGAGCCCAACAUCUUGCAGGUGGCGUCCCAGGCGGGCGUGCCGCCAGAAGGGGAAGUCGUUGGAGAAGCGACGGCCUCCGACACGGAGGACGCAGAGCGCAUGGCAAGCAUAGCAGCCCUGGCGGCAGUGAUGGCGACGUGGGUGCCAAUCCCCAUCCCGCCGUGA